AUUACUAGUAGUGACAUUGACAGAUGUCAAGCUAACUUCCUCUUUCUUCUCCUGAAAACAAGACAAAAUGGUGAACGUUCCGAAACAAAGGCGUACAUUUUGCAAAAAAUGCAAAGUCCACAAGCUGCACAAGGUGACGCAGUACAAGAAAUCCAAGGAACGUCACGCUGCGCAGGGUAGAAGGCGUUAUGACAGAAAACAGCAGGGUUUCGGUGGUCAAACUAAACCUAUUUUCAGGAAGAAGGCAAAAACCACCAAGAAAAUCGUGUUGAGGAUGGAGUGUGCAGAUUGCAAGUACAGAAAGCAGUUCCCUUUGAAGAGAUGCAAGCACUUCGAACUUGGAGGUGACAAGAAGCGCAAGGGCCAGAUGAUCCAGUUCUAAGUUUACUUGUUUUUCUUAUAAGGUGGACAUAAAUAAAAAAUUAGUUUGUAAA